AACCAACUUUCAAUUUCAUCCUCAAGUUAACUUAUUUCAUGUUAAUCAUCACUACUUAAUAUUGUCAAGUACUUGGUUUCCAGCUAAUCAUCGAUUACAACGACAUGAAAAGAAUCCCUUUCCUCGACCAAUUGAUGAAUGAAUUCAAUGAAGGGAGAAUAAACUUGAGGUAUAUUUAUUUGGAAAUAUCAUGACUUUUGUGAUUAUCUUCACUCAUCAAUUUGAUGAAUACUAAUACUUGUAUUUUCUUUGAUACGAGGGAGGGGAUGAGUGGAGAGAUUGCUAAGCAACCUUUUCAUACUCCUGUAGUUUUACCAAAACUACCAGGUCGACUCUACUUUAUGUUCGGGAAGCCUAUACAAACAAAAGGAAAGGAAAAUAUAGUAAACGACAAAGAUUAUUUGCAAGAAUUAUACAUGCAGAUAAAAUUUGAUGUUGAAAAGAAUGUAACUUAUUUGUUAAAGAAGCGUGAGGGAGAUCCAUAUAGAAGUAUUGUUCAGAGGCUCCUAUGGGAAAUGAAAUAUGGGGAUUUAGAUCGAAUUCCAUCGUUUGAUCCAUGAAUGUAACUUAUUUGUAUGUUGUAAUCUUCUUUUGUUUCACUGUGUGGGAAGUGGAUGUAAAAGUUGUUGCCCUUUGCUCAUAUAGCCAUGAAAACAGAAAAUGAAGAAUAUUCCGAUGAUUGUAAACCAUUUCUUUUAUGAACGAAAAAAAGGGGGGGAAAUGAAUUCAUAAUCUACCAUCGAUAAAUCAACAUAGUCACAAACCACCAUAAAGAUAUCAAUUAUGGAAAAAAAGAGCAAGCAUCGAAUUCCCCCUUUCAGUAGGGUUCCAUAAAAACUUGCAAAAUUAGUCGAAAGUUUGAAAAUAUUACGACGAAAAUUGACCUCGUGCGACUGAUUUUGGAAGCUUUGUUUUCAGUACCAACUUGUGCUUUUAGCUUCGCUGGGCUGCAAUGGAGAUACCAACAAACGGAAAUGAUAGUCUCCAUCCUCUUCGACCUCAAAUUCGCCAUUCGAUCAUCCAGGCGCAAUUUUCUUGUGGAAGUAUUCCAUAAUGGCCUUACUUGUGAGCAAUUCAAGUGUCUCAUCAUCAUCAUCACCCUUUUUGUCUCAAGACAAAACCCAUAGGCUGCAUUCACGUGUUCUUGUUAGGAGUAUAUUCAAGAUCAAUGCAGCUUCUUGUGUUAACAGAAAGAAUACAGUUGUAUCACUAGCAUCUUAUGAAAAUGGAGGAAAAAAGAGUUCCCAAAAUGCCCCUGAGAAGUUGGAACCUUUGUGGGAUGAUGGUUAUGGAACACAAACCAUGAAAGAUUACACUAAAAUAGCCAUUGAUUUGAGUCGUUUAACUAGUAAUGAUGGUGGGCCACCUAGGUGGUUUUGCCCUGUUGCCUGUAACAGACCUCUAAAAGAUUCUCCUGUUCUUAUGUAUUUGCCUGGGUUGGAAGGAACUGGAACUGGCCUUGUUGUACAUGAGAAAGCUCUUGGAAAGGUUUUCCAUGUUCAAUGCUUGCAUAUUCCUUCUCAUGAUCGAACACCAUUUGAAGGGUUGAUUAAAAUUGUGGAAGAAAGUGUAAAGAUUGAACAAAAUUUGUCCCCAAAUAAGCCGAUUUAUUUGCUUGGAGAAUCUUUUGGAGCAAUAUUAGCACUUGCAGUUGCUUCUCGUAACCCUACAAUUGACUUAAUACUCAUUCUAGCAAACUCAGCAACUGCUUAUGAGAGAUCAUCACUGCAUCCAUUAGUAGGGUUCAUGAAGACUCUUCCUGUUGAACAUUAUGGCUCAUUUCCUUAUCUCACAAGCUUCCUUUUAGGUGAUUUUGUAAAGAUGGCAAUGGUUAACACUAAUGGUCCAAACCAUUUGCCUUCUUUUGGGCAAUUGAUUGGCAAUCUUACUGAAGAUAUCCCACUUCUUUCUGCAAUGACCACAAUAAUUCCAAGAGACACUCUUGAUUGGAGGAUUAAGCUUCUUGAAUCAGCUGCUGGAUAUGCUAACUCUCGUCUUCAUACUAUUACAGCUCAAGUUCUAAUUCUUGCCAGUGGAAAAGAUAACCUCUUACCAAGUAAAGAUGAGGCCCAAAGGCUUUCAAGAUUAUUGCCUCACUGUGAUAUACGUGUGUUUGAGGAAAAUGGGCACACAAUAUUAAUGGAAAAUGGUGUUAAUGUGUUAUCGGCUAUAAAAGCUACUCAAUUGUAUCGACAUUCUUCAAAGUUUGAUAUUUUUAGAGACUUUUUGCCUCCAAGUAUGACAGAGUUCAAAACCUUACCAAUGGAAGCUUGGUGGUAUAGGCUUUACAUGGGUGCAUCAAUGUUUUCAACAAUGGAAGAUGGAAAAAUAGUGAGAGGUCUUUCAGGGGUUCCAGAUGAAGGACCCGUAUUAAUAGUUGGAAAUCACUUGUUAUGGGGAGUUGAUGUUUUUUCUAUUGUUUUAGAGUUUUUAAGAGAAAAGAAAACCAUGAUCCAUGGUUUAGCCCACCCUCAGAUUUUUGAAUUUGAUAAAAAAUAUGAAUAUCUCAUGAUUCCAUAUUCGGAUAUUAUGAAACUAUUUGGUGCAAUUCCGGUUUCUGGAAGAAACUUCUUCAAAUUGUUAGCAAGAAAUUCGUAUACAUUACUUUAUCCUGGUGGUGCUAGGGAGGCUCUCCAUCGUAAGGGUGAAGGCUGCAAAUUGUUUUGGCCUGAUAAACAAGAAUUUGUAAGAAUGGCAGUUAAGUUUGGAGCCACCAUUGUUCCAUUUGGAGUUGUUGGAGAAGAUGACAUGUCAGAACUACUCAUUGAUUACAAUGAAAUGAAAAAGAUUCCUUUCCUUGAUCAAAUGGUGAAUGAAUUCAAUCAAGGGAGAACAAACUUGAGGGAGGGGAUGGGAGGAGAGAUUGCUAAACAACCGCUUCAUUUUCCUAUAUUUUUACCAAAGCUACCAGGUCGACUGUAUGCUAUGUUUGGGAAGCCUAUACGAACAAAAGGAAAAGAAAAUAUGUUGGAUGACAAAGAUUAUAUUCAAGAUUUGUAUUUUCAGAUAAAAUGUGAUGUGGAAAAGAAUAUGGCUUAUUUGUUUAAAAAACGUGACGAUGAUCCAUAUAGAAGUGUUAUUCGAAGGUUCGUGUGGCAACAAAUGAAUAAUGGGGAUUUGGAUCGAAUUCCCUCUUUUGAUCCAUGAAUGUUAUAUUAUCUAUAUGCCUUUUGUUGUUGUUUGAUGAUUAUACAUUCUAUUAUUUAUA